CAUCCGGUUGAAGAGUCCGACUGUUUGUUUGUCUUCAGAUACUCUUUAGUUUCGUUUCGUUUUGGUUCUUUAACCUCAAGAUGUCCUCCCUUUUGCGACCAAACGCGCCUUUCUUUGGUGCUUUGGGGACAGGUAUAUUCAUUGGUUUAGGUGGAACUAUCCUUUACUUGAAAAUAACGGGGACCUUUCUCAGGGAGAUCCGGCGACUGUCUGCAUCCAUCAGCGAACUCAAGGCUGAGGUGAAAGAGCUCCGACAGCAGCUGGAAACACAAAAGAAACGUCGCCGGAGUCCGGGAUUUUAUUCCGUACAUGCUAGUAGUGGCGAUGAUGAUGAUGAAACGUUUGAAGAUGCUUAUGGAGGGUCAGGAACUGUUAGUUCGCCAAGUGAUCAAGAGUUUGUCGAGUCCUUCAGGGAAUUACAAGUGGAGGAUAUCACACCUGGACAGACAAACAGACAACAGUCCGUCGAUGAACAAAAAGUCCAAGUUUACCAGCAAGUGGAUCACCUUCUGGAUGGGGGAGACGAUGACAAACAGAAAGCUUACAGCCUUCUCCUGAAACACAAAUCCCAGUUUCUGGAUGAUGCCGACUUCCACUGGCGUCUUUCUAAGUGUACAUAUCAGGUGUCCCAGAUUGAAGGAAGUCUAGGACAUGAGGAUAAGAAAAAGGAAAUGGUGUACAGUGCCAAGGAUAGUGCAGCCAAGGCCCUGACACUGAAUGAGGAUUGUGCUAACGCCCAUAAAUGGUUUGCAAUUACGGUGGGAAGUAUUGGAGAUUAUGAAGGAACGCAGGAAAAAAUAAAAAAUGGAUAUGUGUUCAAGGAACAUAUAGAACGAGCCAUACAGAUUAACCCAGAUGAUCCUUCUAACCACCACCUGUUGGGGCGCUGGUGUUUCGGGGUAUACAUGCUGUCAUGGAUAGAGAGGAAGGCCGCUGCUGCCCUGUAUGCUACCCCACCUACAGCGACUGUUGAAGAGGCCUUACAAAACUUUCUGGAGGCUGAAAGACUGAACCCAGGAAAAUGGAAAGAAAACAUGUUAUUUAUUGCCAAGUGCUACCUUCAACAAAGUAACAAUGUACAAGCUGUUGUAUGGUUGGAAAAGGCUGUCACCAUCCCAGUAGUUAGUCAGGAUGACAAAGCCUCGCAGACAGAAGUGGAAGCCUUGCUGGCUAAGCACAGGCGAUAGUCUGUACAGUCCGCUAUAUACAGUAUUACAGAUAUGGAAUCCAGGGUGUGUCAGAUGACAGCAAUAUUUUCCUUGCUAUUUUACAAAAUCAAAAUGAAAAAAAUCAUGAUAUUCUGAUUGAAAUUUAUUCAGGGCUGAAAGUGGCACCUAUUUUGGUGGCCAUGUCGCCUUAAAUUCACCAUUUGUAAUUAGUUAUGGCAACUAGAAAAUUUGUUUUGAAAAACAAUUCUCUGGUCACAAUCUAAAACAUGCUUUGUAAAAUGACUGCAUUUUGCACUACAGAGUUUCAAUAUAUUGUGAUUUUAUCCAACUGUGAUAGAGAAACCAAAUUAAAUUGUGUGUCAAUUUGCAAUAUGGUUAUUAUUCACAGAUAAAGAGAGUUACAGACAGAUGUUAUUGUAUACUGAUCUGAAAAGUUAAUUGAAAAUAUUUUGAAGAAAUUAAGACAAUUGAGCUGGUCUUGGAUUUCACUGAUUAGAGGAUAUUUAAGAAAUGAAAAUAAAAACUGAUUCUCCAAUAUCUGAUAUGGAGGUACCUCAUUCAGGUCUAAAAUCCUGUAUUUUAUAUCCCAUAUUUUAAAAUAAAUGCAUGAUCUUGAUUAAAGCCGAGAUCAUCAGAACUGAGAUCUACAAAGAAUUUUGUUUCUGUUUAGCCAUUGUGAUCAAACCAUUCUUUCAUAUGCUCAAAUUUGUGUGCAGAGAACAUUUCACAUUUUCAAUGACUUGAAUUCCACAUUCAAAACAUUUGCUCAGAAAUUGAAUUUGUAUAUGUACCUGAGCGUGUUAAAACUGAAUAUUUUGUAUUUGUAUGAUAUCAGACAUGUCAUCCUAGACUACGCAAUCAGAAAAUAAGACUACAAUAUAAAUGUAUUUUAUAUUGAUUGGUAUUUAAAUAACCAAUGUUAUGGUAUUAAGAACAUUUUUCACAGGACACUUUAAUUCGUUAACUUUCAAACACCAGAUCAUUGAAAAGUAGGAAUUUUAGAAAAUCAUACUGCAUGCUAUGAUCAAUUUACCCAUGAUAUUUUUUAAGAAAUCCUGAAAUGCCAUGGAUACUGAAUUUGUAGAUAAAUCCAUUUACUCUAGAAUAGCUUAUCAAAUAUAAAUAUGAAAUUGCUUUCUCCAAAAUGUGAUUUGUUCCUCACCCUUAUCGGUUGAUUUGAUGCCUAUGUAACUUUUAAAAGAUUUUAUCUUUUUUAUUAUCAUCAGUUUGUUACAAAAGUAUGAUGAUGAAAUGUUAACUUUGGUUGAAUGGGAACAAUUAUCAUCAUCAAAUCAUGUGAAGAAAUCUUCAGUGAUUCAUCAAUAUUGUAAACUGUGAAUUGUAAUGAAGUAAGAAUAAUAACUGUUGUAUGUGUUGUGACUCGUUGUUGUAUGUAAUUACAACUCUCAAUUCAAAUUGGAAAAGAAGCUCUUUGUUUAAAGUUUGGUUGAUAGAUUCAAAGAUGACAGUUCUAAUGCAAAUUUUUAAAAGCAUUUUGCGUCUCAAACUUAUAAGACCUCAAGAAAAUGAAAUUGGCGAAUCAAUACUGAAAUACCACAUGUAAAGUAUGAAGCAGUAGGAAUUGGAAAAAUCCUUUAUGUUAAAUGUAUUAUUGAUAAUAUUUCUUACGAAAAGCUCCUUGAAAGUUUAAUUUUAGCCUUGAGAAGCUUUGAAAUAGUCUUGAAUUUGGUUUAGGCAGAUUUGUAAGCACCCUGAUUUUUGUGUGACAGUUGUGAAAAUAUAUGUAAUGAGAAAACAACUUCAUUAAAUGUUUUAAUAGUGAGAACCAGGUAUAUGUACAUUGUAUAUUUUGUAGUGAAAAACCAUGUACAUUUUAUGUGUUAGCUGUGAGAACCAUGUACAUUGUAUGUGUUUACUGUGAGAACCAUGUACAUUGUGUGUGUUAGCUGUGAGAACCAUGUACAUUGUGUGUGUUAGCUGUGAGAACCAUGUACAUUGUGUCUGUUAGCUGUGAGAACCAUGUACAUUAUAUGUGUUAGCUGUGAGAACCAUGUACAUUGUGUGUGUUAGCUGUGAGAACCAUGUACAUUGUAUAUGUUAGCUGUGAGAACCAUGUACAUUGUAUGUUAGCUGUGAGAACCAUGUACAUUGUAUGUUAGCUGUGAGAACCAUGUACAUCGUCUGUGUUAGCAGUGAGAACCAUGUACAUUGUAUAUGUUAGCUGUGAGAACCAUGUACAUUGUAUGUGUUAGCUGUGAGAACCAUGUACAUUGUGUGUGUUAGCAGUGAGAGCCAUGUACAUUGUAUGUGUUAGCUGUGAGAACCAUGUACAUUGUAUGUGUUAGCAGUGAGAGCCAUGUACAUCGUCUGUGUUAGCUGUGAGAACCAUGUACAUUGUGUGUGUUAGCUGUGAGAACCAUGUACAUUGUGUGUGUUAGCAGUGAGAACCAUGUACAUUGUAUAUGUUAGCUGUGAGAACCAUGUACAUUGUAUGUGUUAGCUGUGAGAACCAUGUACAUUGUAUAUGUUAGCAGUGAGAACCAUGUUAAUUGUCUGUGUUAGCAGUGAGAACCAUGUACAUUGUGUGUGUUAGCUGUGAGAACCAUGUACAUUGUAUAUGUUAGCAGUGAGAACCAUGUACAUUGUGUGUGUUAGCAGUGAGAACCAUGUACAUUGUGUCUGUUAGCUGUGAGAACCAUGUACAUUAUAUGUGUUAGCUGUGAGAACCAUGUACAUUGUGUGUGUUAGCUGUGAGAACCAUGUACAUUGUAUAUGUUAGCAGUGAGAACCAUGUACAUUGUAUAUGUUAGCAGUGAGAACCAUGUACAUUGUAUCCGUUACCUGUGUUGUAAGAAUCUGCAAGUUCAUUCUUGUUAUAAGUGAAAACCUAUCAAGUCUUUGAUAAUUUACAAAAUUUUGACUCAAUUUUUAAUGCUCUGAUUUGAUGGCCGUUAUGAUACGGCAUUGAUGAAGUUUUAUAUAUUUUAUUGUUUCCUUUUAAAAUAUAUGUUAGUUUUUAUCAUGUUUUGUGAAAUUAAUAUCAAGUAUUUAACUCCGUGUGAUAGACACAAUAAAAUGAAUUCCAUACAAGAUGAUUCAUAUGCUCUGCCAUAGUAUUAGUAAUGUAUCAAUCCAAUAUUUGAAAUUCCAAUUUAAACCUAUUUCUCCAUGAACGAACAAAAUAACAUUUUCUUGAAGAAUACUCUUAAGAUGUGUCAGUCACAGGAGAAUGACUUGUUAUUGUUAUGUUAAGUAAAGAACAAAAUAUACAACAUUUAAUGAAAUAGCAGGCACAUCAAUAAUUAUCAAAUAUGUCUUUGUUUAAAUGAUGUAUACCAAGUAUAUUGUUCGUAAGAUGUAAUUUCAAAUUAAAGCAUCUUCACAGCAGAGAAAAAAAAUCUUUCAAUGUUGAAAACAGAUUUUGUAGUACAGUGUAGUUUUAUAUAGCUAGUUGAGAUAGACUUAACAUCUUUAUAAAUAAAAGAUAUAUUGUAAAUAUCUAAAGCAAUAUGAAAUUUUUUAACUGUAGGAUCAGAUAUAAAUUAGAUUCAUGUAGUAAUUCUGGGGUAAAUGCAUGUGGCUGGCUCAACGUUAAUCUCUUGACACGACAAACCAACAAUGUAUUAUAUAUGUAAGAAAUGUGCCAUGUCUAGCCUAGAUCCUCUGAUGUCUCCAUUGUUUUGAACAGUGACUUGUAUGAAGUCUGUGAUGAAAGAUUGUGGAUAUUGUUGAACUGUUUAUCAAAAGAUUAAAAACCUGUUGAAAAUC